AUGCGCGUGACGAGGGGAGAGGGUGUGCGUAAUGAUGGUGGCAGGAGUGCGUCGUGCAGGGCAGCCUGGCGCCCUCGAGCGCCAGGAAAGGGGAGCGGGAGCGGGCGUGACAGGAAGGAGUUCCUGGUGACGGUGGACAUCCACAAAGAGAAGGUGGCCAGGCGAGAGAUCGGGAUCCUCACCACCAACAAGAACACAUCGAGGACCCACAAGAUCGUCGCCCCCGGCAACAUAGAGCGGCCGGUGAGGUACAUCAGGAAGCCCAUCGACUACAACGUGCUGGACGACGUUGGCCAUGGGGUCAAGUGGCUCAAAGCCAAGCAUGGAAACAAUCAGCCAAUCAGAGGAGGAGGAGGAACACUAUCGAGGACCAAUCCGCCGACACAGAAACCUCCUAGCCCGCCGCCCAUGACAGGUACCAUGUCAGGGCGUGGAACUCUGGGACGCAGCACGCCCUGUAAAACUCUGGAGCCGGUGAAACCACCCACAGUGCCAAACGACUAUAUGACCAGCCCUGCUCGACUAGGCAGCCAGCACAGCCCCGGACACACUGCAUCUCUCAACCAGAGACAAAGAACCCACAGUGGUAGUAGUGGGGGUAGUGGCAGCAGGGAGAACAGCGGGAGCAGCAGUAUUGGCAUUCCCAUGGCCGUGCCUACGCCCUCCAUUCCCAACUCUGGACCAGCGGUGGCCCCCGGGCCUGGUCUUGGCCCCAUCCCCAUGUCCCAGUUCGGCACCAUCUCGCGGCAGAUCUCACGGCACAACUCUACCACCUCUUCAGUCUCCAUGGUUUCGGCCACGGGCACCUACCGCCGGGCGCCGUCCGUCACCUCCCAGUUCUCCCUGCAGCAGCAGCAGAUACAGCAGCCGUACAUUAACGGGGGAACCUCAACCUACCCCCAGAACUCAAUUGCAGACACCCCUACUCCGCCUCCCCCUCCUCCACCCGAUGACCUGCCCAUGUUUGAUGAAGCUCCUCCCCCUCCUCCACCGCCACCAGUUGACUACGAGGAAGAGGACGUGGCUGUAGUUCAGUACAGCGACUCAUAUUCUGAUGGAGACCCCCAGUGGGCGCCCAAGAGCUACAUGCAGAAAGUGGUGGCCAUCUACGACUACACUGCGGAUAAAAACGAUGAGCUGAGCUUCAUGGAGGGAGCCAUCAUCUACAUCAUUAAGAAGAACGAUGAUGGCUGGUUCGAGGGAAUCAGUAGCGGCGUCACGGGCCUGUUCCCCGGCAACUACGUAGAGUCCGUCAUGCACUAAGCUGACUGGAGGGACCCUACUGCACUCUAUUGUGCUUCUACUACAGACGUCUGCCCUUACGAAGCACAGGGAAGUGCUUUUGGAUAUGACAGAAUGUUUGAUCUCUUACUAAUUGCAAAUAAAUCAAAAUACAAAAAUA